GCGAUACGUCGAGAAGAUGGCGUUGUGUGUGCUGCGGAACGCGGUCCGCGGAGCGGCGGCGCUGCCCAGGCUGAAGGCAUCCACCGUGGCCAGUAUCUGCAGGCCUGGGUAUAGCUCCUUGUCCACUCACAAGUAUAUCCCUCGAAGGGCAGUGCUGUAUGUGCCUGGGAAUGACGAGAAGAAAAUUAAGAAGAUUCCAUCCCUGAAAGUAGAUUGUGCGGUGCUGGACUGUGAGGAUGGAGUGGCCGAGAACAAAAAGGAUGAAGCUCGACUGAGAAUAGUAAGAACUCUCGAAGACUUUGACCUGGGCCCAACAGAAAAGUGUGUGAGAGUCAACUCAGUGUCCAGUGGUCUGGCUGAAGCUGACCUGGAGACCAUCCUGCAGGCCCGAGUUCUUCCCUCUAGUGUGAUGCUACCAAAGGUGGAAGGUCCCGAAGAAAUCCAGUGGUUUUCAGACAAAUUUUCAUUCCACUUAAAAGGCCGAAAACUUGAACAGCCAAUGAAUUUAAUCCCCUUUGUGGAGACUGCAAUGGGCUUGCUCAAUUUCAAGGCAGUGUGUGAAGAGACCCUGAAGGUUGGGCCUCAAGUGGGUCUGUUCCUAGAUGCAGUCGUUUUCGGAGGAGAAGAUUUCCGAGCCAGCAUAGGUGCAACAAGCAACAAGGACACCCAAGACAUCCUCUAUGCCCGGCAGAAGAUUGUCGUCAUAGCGAAGGCCUUUGGCCUACAAGCCAUAGAUCUUGUGUACAUUGACUUCCGGGAUGGAGAUGGGCUUCUCAAGCAGUCAAGAGAGGCCGCCGCUAUGGGCUUCACUGGUAAACAGGUGAUCCACCCUAACCAGAUCGCGGUGGUGCAAGAACAAUUUACUCCGACCCUGGAAAAAAUUCAGUGGGCUGAAGAGCUGAUCGCUGCCUUCAAAGAGCACCAGCAACUGGGAAAGGCCUGGAUGGACUUUUCUCGGUUUCUUACCCUUGGAAGCCAGAUAAAGAAGCAGGCAGAAGCUUCAAUGCACUUAUUUAUUUCAAAAUUUGGGCGUUGUUCCCCCACUAAACACCCCCUCCAGCAUCUACUCUUCAACAUUUGAAGAAGCUGUUGAGAUAAAUCAAAUAGUGACACGCUGAUGGUUUUACUUGUGUAAGCAAUAUGGUUGACAUAUGGCAUUGUUAUUUAUGAAUGACAGCAUAAAUUGUAUUACAAAGUCUACUGCAAUAAUACUGCACUUUAUUGGAAAACUGCUGGCUUGUCGGUAUUCAACCUCCGGGUUUGCCUGGAAGCCCAAAGGAUAACAAUCUUUGAAAUAAUUGAAUAUGCUCCUGUAAGCUACAGCCUCAUGGUUUUUUCCCUUGUUUUGUUUUUUGGUCUAUUUGUUUUUGUUUUGUUUUAUAGCAUUAAAACACUUCUAUCAAAAGAGGAGAUGAGGCAAGGACAAUUAAUUCCCCUCUUUUUCCAAAACCACAAUUACUGUCACCCAGUUGAGGGGGGGGGGUGGCUCUGUGGUUGAUGGCCUUUUCACCCCCAUUCUGAGAAGUACAAAACUAUUUAUAUUCUUGUCACUAAACUACUGGUGGGCACAUAUAUUAUAUUGAGAUUUUUUAAAAAUUAUCUUAACUACAGCAUUUAUAAAAAUGAAAAGAAAUGAAGCCACAGGA